AUGGCAAGUCAUAGACUUGGUAUUAGGGAUAGAGACAGGAUAGACGAGGCGGCGAUUGGAGCUAGUUUGCUAAUAGUCUCUCUCCUUCUUGAGGCUUGCCCUCAUUUUAUUAGUCUCCAUCCUGUGCCACAGGCACCGGCUGGCGGCGGCGUUCCUGAGGCCAGACUGAAUAGUCUGCUUGUAUCUCCAUCAUUACCACCUUCCGUGAUGCUCGCAUUUACCUCCCCGGAUUCCGAUUCGCCUUUAUCCGGACUACCCUUGCCUACGGGUUCUAACAUUAGUUCGAGUACCGUCGUUUCUCUUCUAUCACCACUGGCAUCUUCUGCACCGGUGAAGACCGGCUACCAUAUUUCAGCGGAUUCAAGCCUAGAGUCAGACAGCAAUUUCUGCAGCAAUAACCCUAACACCGAUGUCAACAUCAAUAGCAGCUCAGGAACCUACUUGGAUAACGGCACAAACUCUUUAACUCUGAAUUCCUCGAAUUCAUCCAAUUCGUUAAACAAACAAUCUUUCACGUCAGAGGUGCGACCCACGAUCCCCGGUACUUGCUUGAGUUACAACGGUCUCUUCGAUUGUCCCUCAUUCUGUACCAGCCGUUUGCGUUCCAAAUACUUGGACCGUUUGCCUGGCUGUAAGAGGCGCUUGUAUUCCGGGGCCCGGUUACCCGGCUCGGCGACAACAGCAGCAGCCGUACAAAUUGGCCUGCAUGCUGGCCAAUUGACUUUGACUACUCUAGCGUCGGCUCAUUUGCCUGCUGGCGCCGUCGGUAGUAGUUUCGGGUCAAAUGGAAAUGCUGUGCGCACUCGAGCAGCUGCGGCCGCGGCUCAACGACUCAUUCAGAGGGAACAGCAACAACUGCAGCAGCAACAACAACAGCUGUAUCCCCAGAAGCAUCCCAUAGAGUCUCGCAGAUCACCGUUGGGUGAGAUGGAUGGACAUUCUUGUCUAUUGACCAACGAGUAUCCCCAAGUUCAUGAGGCAAUCGGCCAAAAAUUAAGUAAGAUACUGCUUUUAAAUCAUGCUUGA